GUCAUGGAGACAUACUUCUUGGUGUCGUAUCUCUAUAUCUCUGGUUUGUUGUGGUUGAGUUAUUGAAACUCUUUCGGAAUCAACGUAGGCUAUGUAAUUUGGCCUACAACAGUGAAAAACAUUUCGGUUUUCUUAGAAUUUGAUCAUGAAUAGUGGUGUAAAUGAAUCUGAAGAUUCUGCUGGAGAACUCCGAAGAAUGGGAGAGUAUGCCGAUCAGCUAAGAAGCUGGUUGGGACAAGCAUAUCAAUGGCAAACAUUACAAUGUCUCCCUUAUUCAAUGCCUUCAGUUUUCAUGCAAAGUAGACAUCGUCCUUUGUCCAAUAGUACACCAGUUUCGGCUAGAACUGAAACGCCAGUGACAAAUGUCAAUCACCAACAAAGGCCAUCUACUAGAAUUGGUUCAGUUCCGGCAACACCUCCCAUAGAAGGAAGAGUUUUUGAAGUCCCAAAACUUUCAAAGCGCUUAUUGGCUGAAGUGAUUGAUUUUGGUUUACUGUUUUUCAUCAAAGCCUUUGUGACAUUAACAGUUCUAGAUGCUUGGAAUAUGGAAGAUUCAGGUUUUUUCCAAACUGAAGAAAAAGAAAUAACAGAGGAAGCUGAUUAUGAAAUGGCCAUGGCAAUUACUGCCAAUUUGUUAACUAUUGAACUGAUUCACCGCUUGCUAGUAGUUCUGUAUGAAGUUUGUUUUACCCUUCAAGGUGGCACUCCAGGAAAACGAACAAUGGGACUCAGUAUAAUUUCCUGCACAAAGUGUAUCCCAGUUGGAGAAAAUCGAGUGCUCGUGCAACCUGCAACGAAAGUCACAUUUUGGAGAUCUCUAGGUCGAGCAUUCCUGAAGAAUAUGGGCACAGCCAUUCUGUUUCCCACUUUCCUCCCAUUAAUGGUUGUUCAACAUAAUCGUACUCUAUACGAUAUAUUGUGUGGAACAGUUGUCGUUGAAAGCGAAUAAAUGUCAAAAGAACCUACCACAUAUGGCGCAUUGUUUAUCCCGAUUAAAGCUGAAAUGGUCUACUCUUGAAGUCUGAAUCGAUGUGCGUGAUGGACACUUCAUCUCCGCCUCGCAUUACAACUUUAAUUUUCUGUAUCUUAGUGUUUUAUGUCGACCAAAAUUAUUCCCCCAGUUGUUUCUAUGUUAUUACAAACUUUAACUAACA